AUGCACAGAAAUGGAGUUGUCGUUCGACGAAUCCUGGUCAACACCGGAAGCAGUGUCAACGUGCUAUACCUUGAGACUUUCACGAAGAUGGGAUUAACUCGAGAACAGCUGAAUCCAGUCAAGACACCACUCGCCGGUUUCAGGGGAGACUCGGUGGAAGCAGAGGGGUCCAUCACCCUGCCGGUGGAAAUCGGCAGCUAUCCCGAUGUACAGAAGCUCAGCAUGAAAUUCAUCGUGAUAAAUUUAGUCUGCUCACACAAUGCUAUACUCGGCCGACCAGGCCUAGAGGAUCUGGGAGCACUAAUCUCCAUCGAGCAAUUCUGCUUGAAAUUCCGCACGCCGAACGGGAUAGGAACGGUGCGUUGUGAUAGAAGGGUCGCUCGCGACUGCUACCUGCAAGCCUGUAGGUGGAUGGGCAAGCGUGGAAUGAAAGUCCACGAAAUUACGGAAAAGCCCCCAAAGAAAGCAAUGAUACCCCGCCCGGAACCAGCCGUGGAAUUAGAAGAAAUCGAAAUCGACCCUGAAUGGCCGGAUAGGCGGGUCAGAAUUGGGGUCGGUCUCCCCAAGGAUACUCGUGAGGAAAUUAUCCAAGUACUCCGAAAGCAUCGGCUAGUCUUUGCCUGGGGGCCAGAGGAUAUGCCAGGUGUCGAUCGGUCCAUCAUCCCCCAUCGACUCGCCGUGGAUCCGGACCAUCGGCCGGUCGUACAGAAAAAGCGGUAUCUCGCCAAUGACCGAAGGGAAUUCGUAAAGAAAGAGGUGGGCACGCUGCUAGCCGCGGGCCACAUCCGAGAGGUCAAAUACCCGGAGUGGUUGGCGAACGUGGUCCUCGUACCGAAACCCCCAGCCUGGCGGAUGUGCGUGGAUUACACUGAUCUUAACAAAGCCUGCCCAAAAGAUCCGUUCACAUUGCCGCGGAUCGAUCAGCUGGUCGACGAGACAGCAGGGUCGGCUCUGCUGAGCUUCAUGGACGCCUUUAGGGGAUAUCAUCAGAUUUUCAUGCACCCGGCCGAUGAGGAGAAAAUCGCGUUCCUCACACCAGAUGGGGUAUAUUGUUACCGAGUUAUGCCCUUCGGACUCAAGAAUGCUGGGGCCACCUAUACUCGGAUGGUAGCCCGACUAUUCCAAAACUUACUGGGAAAAUCCAUGGCGGCCUACGUAGACGACAUGUUGGUCAAGAGCAAAGAAGAGACCAAACAUGCGGAAGAUUUGGCCGACUGCUUCCAAGUGAUGCUAAGAUAUAAUCUCCGAUUGAACCCAAAGAAAUGUGCCUUCGCGGUGCAAGGCGGAAAAUUCUUAUGA